ACAACAAAAUCAGGUUCUUCUACUUACAUACAACAUCAAGAAGAAGACCAUGAAUUCUGUUACACACCAUAACACCACCACCACCACCACCGUCCUUAAUAUUAACAACCACACUAUGCUCAAUGAUCCAUCACUUUUCGAAUACACACAACAACAACAAUCUUCUACUUCAAACUGCAUCAGUGAUCCUCCUGGUUGCUACCCAUGUCUUCAUUGUCAAUGUGGAUGUCAUCCCGCCAAGACAAUGAAGGUGUCCGAGACCGCUUAUCUUGAUUCCCUUCCGACCGGGUGUCGAUUCUUGCCAACUGAUAAAGAACUCAUUGUCCAUUAUCUAAGAAAGAAGAUAAAUAAUCAGAAUCUUCCCAAGACCAAGAUUAGUGAAGCUAAUGUGUAUGGAUAUCACCCAAAGGAUCUUACAGCGAAUUACCCGCAAGCUAUAGAAGGGAUAUGGUACUUUUUCUCGUCAAGAGACCGAAAGUAUGCCCGCGGUAACCGCCCAAGACGAAGUGCUGGUCCUGGUUAUUGGAAGGCCAAUGGUAUUGUCAGAGUUAUCAAAGACAAUGAGGUUAAAAUAGGUAAUAGGAAGUUGUUGAUUUAUUACGAAGGACAUCAACCAAACGGGACUAAAACGAGUUGGAUGAUGCACGAAUAUGUGGUCGAGGGUUAUGAAACGCGACAGCCUUUAGGUUCGGAUGACAAAAAGUUUGAUGAUUAUGUUCUAUGUAAGAUCUACAAAAAUGGAAGGAUGGAGCAACCUUGUGUUACCUCCAAUGAAUCACACUCGCGUGCUAAAACUAGAGCUAAAAAAGCGAAAAGGCAAGUUGAAAAUCCCAUUAUUCUUCAAGUCGAAAACAAUGUGGCUGUUCAACAACCUAGCCAAAACUCAAAUCCUACUAAUCAUCAUGGUGAAUCCCGCGUGGGUGCUAACACUAGAGCUAAAGAAGCGAAAAGGCAAGUUAUGGUUCGUGAUCAAUGCGUACGUGUGGUCUCUAGUCAAGACAUAAAUCCCACUAUUCUUCAAGUCGAAAACAAUGUGGUUGUUCAACAACCUAACCAAAACUCAAAUCCUACUAUUCGUCAUGGUGAAUCUCACUUGCGUACUAAAACUAGAGCUAAAGAAGCGAAAAGGCAAGUUAUGGUUCGUGAUCAACAUGCUUGUGUGGUCUCUAGUCAAGAAAAUCCCACUAUUCUACAAGUCGAAAACAAUGUAGCCGAGCAAGACUUCAAAAAUAUGGGAUCUCUCUAUGAUCUAAUCAUGAAAUCCGCCACGAGGCAGCCUAAACAUGUCGAAACGACAAGCUUUCAACCAACUAGAGCUCCAUUAGUGCAUCAAUCUUGUCCAACGCGAUUAGACCACAAUUUCUCAUUGCAAAAACCUCCAUUUUUUCCACCAACACGGCAGCGGUCUGAAUCUUUGCCACCUGUACAUAGGCAUGGGCAUCCAGGGAUGUAUAUGUUUGAUCCAAGUUCGAAUCCACCAUCGUCACAAGUGGCACUAACGGCUUUUCAAGACGACAAUGAGUGUGAUGGUUGUGUCAUUUUCGAACGAAACAUCAGACUCAUGAUUGCCAAAGAUGGAUACGGUGAUGUUAAUUUUGACGAUAAUGAUCGGUUCCAGUUUAAUAGACAUGAACAGAUGGAUACUGAUGAAUCAAAGAAGCAUGCUUGAAGCUCCAAAGGUAGAAGACUCAAUGAACUUACUAGCUAGGUCUUUGUGAAAUGGAUCAUAUGGGUACAUUUGAUUGAAUUCUGAUGAUUCCUUAUGUCCAAGUGAAGCAUUUCAAGUGAUCUUACACCAUCAGUUUGUAAGGAAGAUUAUGAAACAAACAUUGUUCUUUCACUAGGUCAAACUGAUCAGUUUGCAAAAUUUGGCCUUAAGAGUUGUCUCAAAUUUCAAA